AAUAGACUUCGUGUAACCAUUUCCAUUGCAGCCGCUUGUCCUCAUACAAGCACUAGAAAGUGCAAACAUGCAUUCUGCUUGAUUAUUCUAUAACUCUCUCUCUCCCUCUCUCUCUCUCUCUUCUCCACUGUCAAUUUUAAUUCUAGCAUCACUAUUGGUUCAUACUGCAUUAUCGUUUGGCAACUCACUUCGCCAUCUUCUUCUUCUGGCUUUUCUGUUUACAUACAACUGAGAGCUCAGAGCUGUCCUCAGCAUUAAUAAUUUUUCUUCAGACUAACUGAUCUUCAUCUGUUCAGCAAUGGCAGAUGUGAAGAAACAAAACCCAGACCAGAACGACGCCGUUUCUCCCCAUCGCCAAGGUAGAAAAAUCAACAGUGCCACCCUUCCAAACUUCAAACUGUCAGUAAAACUCAAAUACGUGAAACUGGGUUACCACUACUUGAUCUCAAAAGCCAUGUACGUCUUCCUCAUCCCGCUCCUCGCCUCCUUCUCUCUCCACUUCUAUACGUUCACCGUCGAUGACCUCUCCCGGGUCUGGACCCACCACAAGUUCGACGUCUCCACUGUCAUCAUCUGCUCCGGUCUCUCCAUCUUCCUCGCCACCGUCUACUUCACCACUCGUCCCCGCAAGGUCUACCUCCUGAACUUCUCCUGCUUCAAGCCUGAGCCGGCCAGGAUCUGCCCGAGGGAGAUGUUCAUCGACCGGUCGGUCCGGACCGGGAGAUUCACGGAGGAGAACCUGGCGUUUCAGAAGAAGAUAGUGGAGAGGUCGGGGCUAGGGCAGAAGACGUACCUGCCGGAGGCGGUGCUGCGGAUACCGCCGAACCCGUGCAUGGCGGAGGCAAUGAAGGAGGCGGAGAUGGUGAUGUUCGGGGCGAUAGACGAGCUGCUGGAGAAGACGGGGGUUAGGGUUAGGGAGAUAGGGAUGCUGCUGGUGAACUGCAGCUUGUUCAACCCUACUCCCUCUCACUGUGCCACUAUAAUGAACCAUUACAAGAUGAAAGGGAAUCUUUUGUGCUACAAUCUGGGAGGGAUGGGUUGCAGUGCUGGCCCUAUUAUGAUAGAUCUCGCCAAGCAUCUUUUACAGGUUCAUCCCAACUCCUAUGCCCUAAUAGUGACCAUGGAGAACAUAACCCUCAACUGGUACCUCGGCAACAACCGCUCCAUGCUUGUCUCGAACUGCCUAUUCCGCAUGGGCGGUGCCGCCGUCCUCCUGUCAAACCGGUUCUCCGACCGCCGCCGCUCAAAGUACCAGCUUAUGCACACAGUACGCACUCACAAGGGAGCGGACGACAGCUGCUACGACUGUGUCUUCCAGAAGGAAGACGAGAAGGAUGAGAUCGGCGUGUCGCUGUCGAAAGACCUAAUGAUGGUGGCCAGGGAAGCCCUCAGGACUAACAUCACAACACUAGGUCCAUUAGUCCUCCCCAUAACAGAGCAACUGCUCUUUUUCGCGAGCUUCUUAGGCCGAAAAAUAUUGAAAAUGAACAUGAAGCAGUAUCUGCCAAACUUCAAGUUGGCUUUCAAGCAUUUCUGCAUCCAUGCUGGGGGAAGAGCAGUGCUGGAUGAGCUUCAGAAGAACCUUGAGCUGAGUGAGUGGCACAUGGAGCCUUCAAGAAUGACACUCUACAGGUUUGGGAACACUUCAAGCAGCUCUCUGUGGUAUGAACUUGCAUAUUCUGAGGCUAAGGGGAGGAUCAAGAAGGGUGAUAGGUUAUGGCAAAUAGCUUUUGGGUCUGGGUUUAAGUGCAACAGCGCUGUUUGGCAUGCAUUGAAGACCAUUGAUCCAGCAAGGGAGAAGAAUCCAUGGAUGGAUGAGAUUGAUGAGUUUCCUGUUGAUGUGCCAAAGGUGGCCUCCCUGAUUUCUUGAAUUAAUUAUUGAUAUCUUGUUUUAGGGGAGAAAGCCAGUGUUAUUUUUCUCCUUUCUUUCUUUCUUUCUUUCUUUUUUUGCUCUGUUUUACCAGCACAUAUAUGCAAGUUGAUCUAGAAUAAUAUGGGUCUAGGAAUAAAAGGAAAGAGGAUGUAAAAUAUUGUUGAUGAUGGUUAAUUAUAUGACGAAUUUUAUAGCUA